UUCAGGUAAACAUGCCUUGAAUCAAACUUUGAGGAAAGCCCAGCGAGGAGUUAGAAGCCAAAUUGGCUUUCACAGGUGUGCAGCCGCCAGUUCGUGUUCGGGGCACGCUUUGCUAGACCCAACCAAUUCUAUAUCUUCUCUCGCCCAUUCUCAUUCAGGGCAGGUGCUUUUCCCCCAUUAUCACCUACCAUCGUUCUUGUCGAAAACUAUUAAAGAGCCAAAUCGCGCUGCUGCCUACUCCUACCAUACUCCUCUUCCCUCUGUUUGUGUUGAAUUCACCGUUCUUUCUUCUCCUGUUUCUGAGUUCUUGUUGUUCUACUAAUUCAGUCCACAUCAAUGGCGGACGCCGGCCACAAAACCCCACUGAUGGUUGACGGCAACAGUCUGGUGGCCAUGUGCCUGGCACGCGCCGGCGUCGACAAGAUGUUCGGUGUGGUGGGUAUUCCUGUUACUUCACUGGCCAAUCGCGCCGUAGCCCUCGGCAUCCGAUUUAUUGCCUUCCACAACGAGCAGUCUGCGGGCUACGCCGCCUCCGCCUACGGCUACCUCACGCGCCGGCCCGGGGUACUCCUUACCGUGUCUGGCCCGGGAUGCGUCCACGGACUGGCUGGAUUAUCCAACGCCACGGCGAAUGCUUGGCCUAUGGUCAUGAUCUCUGGCUCCUCCGAACAGAGCUUCACCGGCCGUGGGGACUUCCAGGAGCUCGAUCAACUUGCCGCUGUCAAACCCUUCUCCAAAUUCUCCGCCAAGGCUACUGAUAUAACUAAAAUUCCCGCAUCCGUCUUCAGUGUCAUUGAUUGGGCCGUAGCUGGUCGGCCUGGUGGGACGUAUUUGGACGUCCCCUCCGACGUUCUUCAUCAGACUGUUGAUAAAUCCGAGGCUGAAAGAUUGAUAACUGAAGCCCUAAAUUCUAGAAACAAAGAUUUGAUCGAGAAGCCCAGGAUUAAUUAUUCGGAAAUUCAAAAGGCCGUGGAGUUGCUGAGAACAGCACAGAGACCUUUGAUUGUGUUUGGAAAGGGGGCAGCUUACGCUAGAGCUGAAAAUGAAUUAACCAAAUUAGUGGAGAGUACAGGAAUCCCUUUCUUGCCCACUCCAAUGGGGAAAGGGUUGCUGCCGGAUACACAUGAGCUCGCGGCUACAGCUGCAAGGUCAUUGGCGAUUGGGAAAUGUGAUGUGGCUUUGGUUGUUGGCGCCAGGCUUAACUGGUUGCUGCAUUUUGGAGAGCCACCUAAAUGGUCCAAAGAUGUGAAAUUUAUACUUGUUGAUAUAUGCAAGGAAGAGAUUAAGCUCAGAAAUCCAUGUUUGGGGAUAGUGGGAGAUGCCAAAGAUGUGGUGGGGAUGAUACACAAGGAGAUUAAGGAUGACCCCUUUUGUCUGGGGAGAACUCACCCUUGGGUUGAGGCGAUAAAGAAUAAGACUAAGGAAAAUGUAGCAAAAAUGGAGGUUCAGUUAGUGAAGGAUGUGGUGCCGUUUAAUUUUAUGACACCAAUGAGGAUCAUACGUGAUGCAAUUUUGGGGGUUGGCAGUCCUGCACCUAUAGUAGUCUCUGAAGGAGCUAACACUAUGGAUAUAGGGAGAGCGGUACUGGUUCAAACAGAGCCGAGGACUAGAUUGGAUGCAGGGACUUGGGGGACGAUGGGGGUCGGUCUUGGAUAUUGCAUUGCUGCUUCUGUAGCAUCACCUGAUCGGCUAGUUGUGGCUGUUGAAGGGGACUCUGGAUUUGGAUUCAGCGCCAUGGAAGUUGAGACACUUGUUCGCUAUCAGUUGCCAGUGGUGGUCAUAGUCUUCAACAAUGGUGGAGUCUACGGUGGUGACAGGAGAAACCCAGAAGAAAUCACCGGGCCUUACAAGGAUGAUCCUGCACCUACAUCUUUUGUUCCUGGUGCAGCUUAUCAUCUUCUUCUUGAAGCUUUUGGAGGAAAAGGUUAUCUUGCUGGGACUCCUGAUGAGCUAAAAUCUGCCCUUGUGCAAGCUUUUACUGCAAGGAAGCCUACCGUCAUAAAUGUCACAAUCGAUCCAUAUGCUGGUGCAGAAAGCGGGAGAUUGCAGCACAAAAACUGAGGUAGUGCAAAUAUCCUUGUGCGCUGGUGAAAUCACACGUUUAGGUUGACAGUUCUCCCAUUGGCAUAUUCAAUAUGUGUUUUAGUAGUUUGAAAGUUGCGCAGGGUUCUUUAACUGAGUGCCCUUUGUACAUAAUUAAGAACUUCAUGCCGAGUUCUCUAGACGUAUGUCUAUAUUGUUUAACCGACCAUACUAGUGUCUCAAUUCCCGGAUUAGGAAUGUUACGAAACUAAUGCAGCUAUAGUGCUUGCCUGCUUUAGCUUGAAAUCUUCUUCCUAUUAGGUUGGUGAGACAUUCCAUUCUUCUGUAUCAGAACUAAAUCAUGGCGAUUCGAGCACGAUCUACUGGCCUUAUGAAAUCAAAUCUUGGCAUACUAUGUAGUGAUGUUGGAGAAUACCCGAGUACUUCUGUUUCCAGUUCAAUACAAUAAGUCUUAUUUGGUCA